CUUGGCGAGUCGAGGAGAUUUAGCAGUAGGACGCACGACAAUGAGGAAUGGAAAUGGCGUGUAGAGGCGUAAAUAAAAGUAGCAACAUUAAUUAAACAUAUUAAAAAACGUCUUGAAAAUAAUUCAAGGGAUUCAAUUACACUGCAGCAAGCAAUGGAUUUCCUCCAGAGGAGAGUUGUCCAGGAGGAUGCAGUCCAGUACAAACUCUUUCUGACGCAGCCGGUACAACACACCGAUGAACAUCUCUCGCGUCUUGUGGAAGAGAUCCUUGCAAAAAUAGCGCCUCUGUCCAUGCAGUAUAUUUGGCAGAAUCAGUCAUUUAACCUAAAGUAUUAUCCCGAGAAAGGGGGUGCUCCGGCUCAUAUCGGUGGCAGCACCCAGUUUGGUGACAACGUGGAGGACGAGUGGUUCAUUGUUUACCUUCUGAAGCAAAUUACAGAGGCUUUUUCGGAGCUUGCUGCAAGAGUUGAGGACAACGAUGGUGAAUUUCUUCUAAUCGAAGUAGCAGAUCAUCUCCCGAAAUGGUUGGAUCCGGACUCGAGUGAGAACAGGGUGUUCAUCUACCGAGGCGCGUUGCAUCUCCUUCCCCGCCCUUCGCGUUCCAAUCCGACAGGGAUCCCGAAGGAUGUGGUACCGAGUGUUCAGCAGGCUCUGGCGCUACUCUCCUCGCAGCCAGAAGCAUGCCGGGCAAGCCCCAAGAUUACUUGGGCGCUGGAUAAGCGGCUGGACGGAUAUCCGGAGAAGAUUGGAGCCAGCCAGCACCGCGCCCACUGUUUCAUACCGGCGGGGGUGGCUGUGGUUUUGGCCCAGAGGCCCGACCUGGUGGCCCCCGCCGUGUCCGCCUUUUACCUGCGGGACCCCGUCGACCUCCAAGCAUGCCGAUAUUUCAAGCACUUCCCCCCUGACACGCGGGUCUUAACCUCGGUGACGUUCACUCGCUGCCUGUACGCUCAGCUGCAGCAGCAACAGUUUGUGCCGGACAGGAGGGGCGGCUUCGCCAUGCCCGCACGCUCCGACUCCCUGUACAAAGCGCACGAGCUGGGCAUGAAGCUGGCUCAUGGUUUCGAGAUCCUGUGCUCCAAGUGCAGGCUGCCGUCGUCGGAGGAAGACUCGUCGGUCAGUUGUAACCCUGAGUGGAAAGGGUUCCUGCAAAGUCUGAAGCGCAACGGUUACUUCCGGGACGAGCUGGAGGGUUCGGCACGUUUCAGACAGCUGAUGACAUCGGCGGAAAAUUUCUUUAAACAGUCGGUCGCCUCAAAAUCCGGUGACAUGUCUCCAGGGGAAGAGGUUCUUCAACUGCUGAGCUCCUGUGGUCCCAUCGACGUAGAGGAGUUGAGGAAACAAGAGGCGCAGCUUCCCCAAGAGGACAGUGACAAUUGGUUGAGCGUCACCGCCCAGGAUCUGGAGAGCAUGCUUGAGGAAAGGGCCGGGUCCAGACCGGACCUCGUAUCUGCCAAACGUCCUCAGCCCGUCAAGCAUGAAGAAGACGCCAAGAGUACAGCGACGGAGGACAGCAACGAAGAAGUGGAAGCCGGUUACAGUCUGGUGGGGGUCAGCCAGAAGAUGACGCAGUUCCUCAAUGCCAAGUCAUCGUACUUGGGGGCCGAGAUGCCGUGGAACUGUUCAAGCAACAAUCCUUUCGCCUUCGACAUGCCAACCCUCAUCAAAGAAAUGGAACAAAUAUUAGACGUAAGUGAUGAGGAAACGUUAGAUUCCGACGAUCUUGACGAAGACGAAGAGGAUGAAGACAUAGAAGAGGGACCUGCCGGUCCUGCAGAGAUGAAUGGGAUCGAGGCUUUGGACACGCUUAAAGGAUACAUGGACCAGAUGGACCAAGAGCUGAUGAACACUCACAUCGGGCAGAGCUUUAAUCAGACGGCGGCUCCAUCCGCCCCACCUCCUGCCGCAGAGGGCCUCUCACGCCCAACCGCAGCGGCGGAGGAUGAGGAGAUCCAGCCUCUCGACUUGGACCUCAACCUGCUUACCAACCUUAUGGAGUCACUCAGCUCCCAGGAAGGGCUGGCCGGACCCGCCUCCAACCUGCUGCAGAGUCUGGGGGUACACCUACCCCCAAACUCGGACCGCCCGUAGCAGGCGCCGAGUCCUAAUGAAGGAGGAAGCUGUCGUAACUCAAAGUGAAAUCAUGAAUCAAGAUUUUCGACCUUUCCAACUGUAUCUGCUUCCAUGAUGAAUACACCACUCUGAGGCUGACUUUUGAAUGAAAUAAUGUGUAGAAAUAUCACUGUAGAUAUUAUUUACAUUUGAUAUGCUGAAACCCAAUAAAUAUUUUUGCAAUCAAAG